AUGUCAUCUGAUCCAACAAAUGCUCCCAGCGCCACAGCUGGCGCAUCUACCUCGACUCAAGCCCCAAGAGGAAUUCAGAAUGACCCUGCAGUAACCGGAUUCUCACCAGAAGUGUCAAAAUGGAUGAACUAUUUCAAGAUGAUAUCGGGUCAAAUGACACCCGAAGGCAAAUUCCACUACCGGGAAUGGGUACAUACCGUCGAGGAGGAAAAGGACAUUAAGCGCUGCGAAGAAUUCCGUGACUGGCUCUUUACAUAUUCACCCACUGUGCGCUUCAUGUCAGAAAAGAUCCGCGACCUCAAUGGACGGAUAGACCCUUCCAACGUUUACUGUCGGCGUUGCCCUUCAUAUCUCAACGCUGAUGGCACUGUACUGCGACAAUCAGGCGGUUUCAGCCCCGAACAUGGUAUCCUGAUAUGCGCCAACGAAAUUCAGAACAGGAAACAUCUCGAAGACACGCUUGCGCACGAAAUGGUGCAUGCUUGGGAUACGCUUAGGUGGAAGAAUGUCGACUUUGUGGGUAAGCCAGGAAACUUGAAGCACGCUGCAUGUACAGAGAUCCGGGCUUCAAUGCUCAGUGGCGAAUGCAGAUGGGCCAAGGAAGCAUUUACAAGAGGAAACUGGAAACUAACACAACAAUUCCAAAAUUGCGUCCGCAGACGAGCUAUCGACUCCAUUGUUGGCAGAACUGCGUGUAAGGACGACGUUGAGGCAGCCAGGGCCGUCAAUUCAGUGUGGGAUUCGUGCUUUGCAGAUACCCGGCCAUUCGAUGAGGUUUUUAGGUAA